AAAAAAUAAAAACCUUAUUUUUCAUGCCGAUGCCGUCAUGCAUCUGCAACUGGCAUCAAAGCUUCGAAACCGUUCGAUACUCGUUUAUUAGUUACCAUAGCAACCAUUCAACAGUCUUCGCAUGUUGUGCUGGGAAGAUAAUAAUGGAGUGAAAUAAUUUCGGGUUGUAACUAAAGAUCAAUAAAAGUCGGGUAAUUCAAACGAAGCACGCGAUAUGACUGGAACCAAGGGACAUAAAACAAAGGAAGAAACGAAACCGAAACCUGAUCAAGUAACUGUUGCUGAGGCUGAGGGUAAAACUGACGCCAAUGUGAAAGUUCCACAGGCUGAUAAAGAGGGUAGCAGUGGUUCUAGCUCCACAACUACAAAGUCGAAUGAAAGCUCUGAAAAUGGGAUAGAAGGAAGAGAUAACAGUCAACAAAUAGGCAAUUUACCAUUGUCAGCCAUUCAUAUAGAUCGCGAUGAAUACUUAGCUGCGCACAGAGAGCUGACACUAGAACGUCAGCAUCAACAGGUGCUCAAUAAUAUCCUACAUCGGAGACUUGCUGAAUACUACAAGAAACGUAAAUGUGAACACGUCUUAAAGCCUUUAAUGGGUGCUUCAGAUAUGGAAGAAAAAUAUCAGCAGAAAUUAAUAAGUUACCAAGAACUGAAGGAGAAAUCGGAACGGGACAUUGCUGAUAUAAAGAGGAAGGUUACCGAGGUCGAAGAAACUUAUACUGGAAGGUUGGAACAUGCCAACAAAAAGUUUGAUGAAUUACAACAUUUAGAAAGAUCCACUGGUUCGGGUCUUAUUUAUUCUAGAAAGGGAAAACCCAUUGCUGACAAGACCGUAGAACGCUUUCUUACCCUACAAAGGCGCAAGAGUGAACAAUCUUCGGCUCUAUGUCUUCGUUACAUUCGAGCAAGAAAUGCUGUUGCUGAACUUGAAGCCGUGGUUAAGAACCUGGAAACGAUUGGCCCGGGGCUUUAUGUGUAUCAAUAUGAACAGCUCAAUAUUGACAACCAGAACUGUAACACUAAAAUUGAAGAACGUGAAGACGAACUUAUAAAAAACCGCACGAAGUGUACAGAGCAUAAUCAAAUUUUGGCUCACAUCAGAGAAAAGAUGCAUCAUACUGAUGAGGUCAUUGACUUUGCCGAGUGUGAUCUUGGGGACGCCGAAAUGGAGUUUUAUAGAGCUCGAGAGGAUCUCGGCAUGGUUAAGAGUCAUCGCAAUAAACUUCGCUGGUCGUUGGAAGAAGAAAAACUUAAAGCAGGUCUCCUAACGAGAAAAGAUUUACUGCGAGACUUCCAAUCUUCCUUGGACAUGGUGGUCCAACUUGGUCAUAGGAAGAAGCAGUUAGAGGCUCAAGUAUUAAAAGCCUCAAAACAAUUGAGGCACGCUCGCAAAAAUGUAUUGGCCCAAGGCACCUUACAUCGUCAACAUGAAGAAUAAAACAUACCAUCUACCAGUACAACUGUCAAGCAAAAACCAGUCUUAUUGUUCUUAUAGCACAUGUAUGUUUAAUUACAUCGAUAAGUAUAAUGUGCUUGUUGUACUUAAAGACUAGAAUGCAAUGGUGCUUUCUAUUUGUAGUGUUUGUUAUUUAUAUACGUUUAAUUGUAAUUGAUUUUAAUCAGAUAUUUUUUUUUGUAUCGGA